AUGCGAGUUUUCAUAUUCAGCAUACUAGCGCUACUGACCAUUGUCAAUGCUGUUAAAUUCGAGUUAUUUGCUACACCAGUAACGGGGACAAAGCGAUGCGUGUCUCAAUUCAUUGGAAGGGAUGUCCUGGUAUCAGGCACGUUCAACAUUGGCGACGGCGAACUCCAGAUAUCCGAUGUAGAGAUAUCAGAUGACAGCCCCGAAAGAAACAAAUUCUUUUACAAAAAAGACGUAUCUGGCACUAUCAAGUUUGCCUUCACUACUCACGCUUUUGCAGACGUCAACUUUUGUGUAUUAAACACCCUCGUGGAUGGCGUACCACCGUCUCCAAAUACAAAGCGUCUAGUCAACAUCCACAUCGACUCGGGUGCUGACGCUGUAGACUACUCGGAAAUCGCUAAACAGGAAAAACUAAAACCAAUGGAAAUCGAACUACGUAAACUGGAAUCUGAAAUGGACCGUAUCGUUUCCGAAAUGGAGUUUCUGAAAGAGAGGGAGGCCGCUAUGAGAGAUACUAAUGAAUCAACAAACGAACGAGUGAAAUAUUUUAGUCUACUCUCAAUCACCACACUCAUCUCGGUCGGUGUAUGGCAGAUAUGGCAUCUACGACAAUUCUUUGCUGCAAAGAAACUCAUCUAG